CCAGGGCGACAUGAUCAAAUCAGCACCGCUCCAGCAACUAUACCCGUCACUGCACGUCAUCAGCCUAUCGGCCAUAUUCCAAUACCCCUGGGCAAUCAUUACCGCGAGAUAAGAGAUUAUCACAUAUCACCAGCUGACCACUCAUAUAUGACCACUCAUAAACACUAUAUAAGCAUGGAUAUUAACUGACUUCAAACUAUUAUGUUCCAUCACUCCCACUUUAAGGAAUCUGACAAGACGUCUCCUCGCGUGUUCUUCAUAUUAUAGAGGUAGGCAAACCUACAGACAUCAAGUUAUCAACAUCAAGAUGAUGAUGAAGAAGUCCUGUAGUGUAGCGGCAGUCCUGCUUGUGAUGGUCAUACAGUCGGAAGCCGCCGCCUGCGUGAACAGCACCGACUGCGGCGUCAACGCCAACUGCGCCAACUCCACCUGUGUAUGUGAUCCUGGGUAUCAAGGAGAUGGCGCCACCUGCACCACUAUAUGCAGCAUGCUGGACUUCCUGCUGGGGGUCGGGUUCCGCGCCCUGCCAGGAGACUGUAGUCGCUUUGUCCAGUGUGACGUCACAGUACCCAUGGUGCAGUAUUGUGGCUACGGCACAGUGUGGAAUGACGUAAUCAAGACGUGUGUGAGACCAAGGGACGGCAACUGCAAUAAGUGCAGUGGACAGGCUGACGGCGUCGAGCUGCCCUACCCCCUCUUGUGCAACUCCUACUGGCAGUGUCAGGGUGGGGUGCCACGUGCCAUGUGUUGCCCUGUCAACAACACCUUCGUGGAUGGAUCGGGGUGUGUCAGUGGGUCAUGUGCUGACACCUGUCCUCCUGCCCAGGCUAAUUACACAGCAGAUCCAUGUGAGUUUGCGCCCUCUAGCGACGGUCCCGAGUUCUACAUGGAGACGGUGCCCGGAUUUGGCCUCAUCAGGAGGGACUGUCCCCCCGGCACCAACUUCAACAACGUCACCUGCGGCUGUCACGACGUCGUCAGCGUUCCUUCAUCUCCACUCUGUCCUAUGAUGGCUGACAUCUUCUACGACAACGCUACUACCGCUUUUGUUGACAACUCCACCAACGACGCCUGGAUCCAGGUCAACAACGUCGCCCUUGGCAACCAGCCAGUGUUUUCAGGUUCCAGUAAUCUGGCGGUUUUCGCUCUGGCUGGCGUCACGUAUGGCUCCAAUCUGGAAAUCGACACCGUCUUCUCUGUCAACCCCUCCUCUCCCAUCAACGACCAGAUUGUCCUCCAGAACGGCAAAUGUGACGAGAACGGAGCUUCCUUCAUGCUCUACGUCAACGACGUCCCUGGCAACGCCUCCAUCAUGGACGUGACCUUCACCCUUCAAACUGGCAACUCCGUCGUCGAGAUCAACUCUACCUUGACUGUCGACAAAACCACCACAGUGAGGGUUGAAGUCAAGUACCCAACCCGCAGCAACAGCAGCACCUACUCCUUCACUCUGUUCGACGACGACACCGACUUGUCUCUCACCUCCGCCACGGACGUAAUGCCUGCCACCACCACUAUUCCCCGGAAGAACGCAGCUCUACAGAUCGGGAGUGGAGACUGCACCAGUCAAGGAUUCUCUGGAUUCGUCGGAUCCAUUUUCAGGACUGGAAUUCGUAGCUGCGGCAGAGGAUUUUGACAGAAAGUGGAUGUUCACAUAUAGGAAACACGUGCACCGCGGUGCCGAGACGAACAUAUGCAGUACAUUUCAUAUCAUCAUGCUGACAUCGCUGACAAGUGGUUAUAUACAUACACAUAGGACACACACGAUUGCCGAUGCCGAUAUUUACAUGUGUCAUGCAAUUCUUAUCAUCAUGUUCACAUCGCUGACAAGUGGUUAUAUACAAAUAGGACACACACGAUGGUCGAUGCCGAGAUUUACAUGCGUCAUGCAAUUCUUAUCUUCAUGUUCACAUCACUGACUUUCAUUUUGUAUGUUUCCGUACUCAUUGUCCUUGCUGAUGUAUAUUUUGUAAAUAAAAUGUUUUUAAUAUA